UGGAUAGGGUAAGAGCACAUUUUGUUCUGUUUUGUCCCCUUCUCCACAAACGGACUUUUAUAAAGUAUUCUUAAGUGUACCUGGAAUGUCUAUGUUAUAUACGUCUAGCAAUUUCUAUCGACGGCUUGUGGGUGUAACCCAGAGCUAGCUACAUUAGUCUGAAUCUGGAUGCUUUACCUUCACUACUGACUUGAGUUUUAAACUGUGUGUGCACAUCGGUGGUGCUUUGAUUACUGGUGCUGCAUGGUCAGCUAUGCCUGUUGCAUCCCAACUACUCAGGGGUUUGCCCCGUGCCAAGGCCUUUGCCUCCAGUCUGUUACCAUGCCAACACCACCAGUCCCACCUCGGUUCCCUGCCUGCCCUUAGAGGCCCGUCCCAAACAUGGCAGACACACCUGUUAGGAAGGUCAUAUCAGACGUCCUCAGCGCUUCACAACUACAUCCUGACGCCCCCACAGGUCAACUCCAUCCUGAAAGCCAACGAGUACAGCUUCAAGGUGCCAGAGUUUGACGGUAAAAAUGUGUCAUCCGUGAUGGGUUUUGAAAGCAACCAGCUUCCGGCCAACGCUCCCAUCGAGGACCGGCGGAGCGCGGCGACCUGCCUGCAGACACGAGGAAUGCUCCUGGGCGUGUUUGAUGGACACGCCGGCUGCGCUUGCGCUCAGGCGCUGAGUGAGAGGCUGUUUUACUACAUAGCGGUCUCACUGCUCCCCCAUGACACUCUGUGUGAGCUGGAGGCUUCAGUGGAGGCCGGCCGAGCGCUUAGUCCCAUCCUGCAGUGGCACAAACAUCCCAAUGACUACUUCACCCGGGAGGCUCAGAGCCUCUACUUCAACAGCCUGAGGACCUACUGGCAGGAGCUAAUUGACCUAACCAGCCCUGGCGACGUUCCAGACACCCGAGAGGCCUUACUGAAUGCCUUCAAGAGGCUGGACAACAACAUUUCUCUGGAAGCUCAGGUUGGAGACGCAAGUGCGUUUCUGCACUACUGGGUUCUGAGAGUGGCAUUUUCUGGAGCUACAGCCUGCGUGGCGCACAUCGAUGGACCAGAUCUCUAUAUAGCCAAUGCCGGGGAUGCCCGGGCCGUGUUGGGGGUGCAGGAGGAGGAUGGUUCAUUCAGUGCUCACACACUGUCCAACGACCACAGCGCCCAGAACGACAGCGAGGUCGCUCGGAUACGAAGCGAGCAUCCUCACUCUGAGAGGAAGACUGUUAUUCGUCAGGACCGGCUGCUGGGCCUGCUCAUGCCGUUCCGCGCCUUCGGGGACGUGAAGUUCAAGUGGAGCAUCGAACUGCAGAAGCGCGUUCUGGAGUCUGGACCCGAUCAGCUCCAUGAGAAUGAGCACACCAAGUUCAUCCCUCCCAACUACCACACGCCGCCCUACCUGACCGCCGAGCCGGAGAUCACGUACCACAGGCUGCGGCCACAGGACCGCUUCCUGGUAAUCGGCUCAGACGGCCUCUGGGAGACGCUCCACCGGCAGGAAGUGAUCCGCAUCGUCGGCGAGUAUUUAACUGGGUUUCACCAGAGCCAGCCACUUAAAGUCGGAGGCUACAAAGUCACUCUGGGACAGAUGCAGGGUCUGCUCGAGGAGCGGAAGGCCCGCAUGUCCUCCGCAUUCGAGGACCAGAACUCGGCGACGCACUUGAUGCGGCACGCGGUGGGAAACAACGAGUUCGGCACGGUGGACCACGAGCGGCUGUCCAAGAUGCUGUCGCUGCCUGAGGAGCUGGCUCGCAUGUACCGUGAUGACAUCACCAUCAUCGUCACUCAGUUCAACCCUCACGUGAUCGGCGCGCAGAGACAGGAUGAUGAGUCCUGAGCUGAUUUCUCACUGACUAAUUCAGCUGUGUGCCACAGAUUUAAAAACCAAGCACACCACAUGGACAAAUCUAUGUUCAGCUACUUGUAACUCUAUUUAUGGAAUAUUAAUGCAGCAGCACAAACGUUUAGUUUCUUAUGGUUUUAAACAGUCAUCAGAUUGGCUUAGCUUAGGUUUUUUUUGUGCUGCCAGUCUUGUUGAGCAGCUGUUGUCAUGCACAGCAGUCACUGUUGAUGAUGUCCCACGCGUUCAUUCUCAAAUUUAAGCAAGAAGAGUUUAAAGAGCUUUGUGUCCACCGAAAAGCAAAGUGGUUCUGGUUAGCAGGCCCGACUCUAAACCAGGCAUGAGAUCCUCUGGGCAAACACUUCCAUAUUAUCAUGGUAUUAAUACACACAUUUAAUGUUUCACAUGAUUUAUUACAGAUGCACUUUUCCUAUUAGAUUCCAGUUUUCUUUGAGGUCUGAGCAGUUUAGCAACGGCAACUAUUUUCACAGCUAAAUUCUUGCAACUUUAACUAUAUUAAUAUUAUCUUAAGUAUUUAUUUAUGGUUUUGAACACUAGUUUUCUAGUGUUCUUUGGGCCAAAUGGGACACAUUUUUGCAUUUCUUCUCUUUAUAAAGUAUAACAAGCUAAACUUAACUGGUUAAUUAGUGGCUCUGGAAGACUUUCACAGCUUCCCAGUGGUAGUUUUAAAAAUGGUGUCUUGAGCAUGAAUUAUGCUUAGUAGCUUUCUUUCAGCCAGCUGACCAGCAUGAACAACAACAGGUGGAGGAAGGGCAGCGCUCUGUUAAACUUGGACACUUCAGUACCUCCUGUGAAUCACAUUAAGAAAACUUUAAACCAGACGAAGGCUGUAAGUGUUGAACUUUUAAAUCAUUGGUUGAUCUUGAUGCUGCUAGCUGGUCCAUGCUAGCUUGACUGUUUGAAAGCUGUUUUUUUCUCUGCUUCAGAUCAUUGUCACAAUAUGUGUUUGAAGGAAGUUGAAUUAUCUCUCUGGGUUUUGGAUUUUUCAGUCCCGCAAGGAGGAUGAUUUGGAUCCUUUGAGCUUUAUGUUAAAUCUGAUAGGUCACAGGCUGAACAUUACAACCUAAAAGUUGCACAAAAAUAAUUAGGUAGUCUUAUAUUUUAGGUCACAAAUUAUUUACAUAAUCUGAAAACAGUAAAGUGGAUAAUUACAUUUGUUUUGGUUUGAUCUCAAAUCCGUAGCUGAAGCUUUUUUUGUCUUGCCUCCUGCUUCUUUGCUUGGUGUUGCACUAAUGAAGGAGUUGUCAUCUAAGAGUCCUUCAGCUGAAGUGACGGAGUGUGUUAUGAAACUGUAAGCAGAUGCAGUCGCUGAGCUUCUUUUCUAAACACAGAGGUCAAGAGUCUACAUUAUUUUUUUCCUGACAGGUCAUUACCCGUUUGUUUUGCUCCUGGAUUGGUUUAUUCUUCCCUGUGGAGGUAAAGCAGAGCCUUUUUUCUUUUGCUCAUGGAUUACUGAUGUGUACAAAAAGACUGUAUAAGCUGGACGUGUUUUAAAAUCAGGUUGUUUCAACAUCAAAUAUUUAUUCUCCCUCAGCAGUAUGUUACACAUCAUCUCUGUUGUAUGUAUAAAUUGUAAUUUAUGGGGGUUUGAGUUUUGUAUGUGAGAAUAAAAUGCCAAACAAACA